AUGACUCCUCCGUCUACCUGUGCCGUUGUUUUUCUCGUGCUCUCGGUCCUGUUCGUCGCAGAUUGCCGUGAUUUCAUCAAGCUCCCUUCCGAAGUUCGCCGGUUCUUCGGCGACCCCGAGGCCGGAGACGGUGGAGCUGACGGCGAUUCCGUUGGUACGAGAUGGGCCAUCCUGUUGGCUGGGUCGAGUGGCUAUUGGAAUUAUCGUCACCAGGCUGAUGUGUGCCAUGCGUAUCAGAUCCUAAAAAAAGGUGGCCUCAAAGAUGAAAACAUUGUUGUCUUUAUGUACGAUGACAUUGCAAAUAACGAAGAGAAUCCGAGACCUGGAAUCAUCAUUAACAGUCCUCAUGGCGAUGAUGUAUAUAACGGAGUUCCAAAGGAUUAUGUUGGAGAUGAUGUGACUGUGGACAACUUUUUUGCUGUCCUUCUCGGCAAUAAAUCAGCAGUUACUGGAGGCAGUGGAAAAGUUGUUGACAGUGGUCCAAAUGAUCAUAUAUUCAUAUACUACUCGGAUCACGGUGGCCCAGGAGUGCUUGGGAUGCCUACCAAUCCUUACCUUUACGCCAAUGAUCUGAUCAAUGUUUUGAAAAAGAAGCAUGCUUCUGGAACAUAUAAGAGCUUGGUGUUUUACCUUGAAGCUUGCGAGUCUGGAAGUAUAUUUGAAGGUCUUCUUCCCGAUGAAUUGAACAUAUACGCGACCACAGCGUCUAAUGCAGAAGAGAGUAGCUGGGGAACUUACUGCCCUGGAGAUAUUCCAAGUCCUCCCCCUGAAUACGAGACCUGCUUGGGCGACCUGUAUAGUGUUGCAUGGAUGGAAGACAGUGACAUACACAAUCUUCGGACUGAAACUCUGAGACAACAGUAUCAGCUGGUCAAGGAAAGAACUGCUAAUGGAAAUUCUUAUUAUGGCUCCCAUGUAAUGCAAUAUGGUGAUCUCAAGCUGAGCCUGGAGGAUCUCUUCAUGUAUAUGGGUACCAAUCCUGCAAAUGAUAACUAUACUUUUGUGGAUAACAACAAUUCUUUGCGGCUAUCUUUUUCAAAAGCCGUCAAUCAACGUGAUGCUGAUCUUGUACAUUUUUGGGACAAGUUCCGUAAGGCUCCUGAAGGCUCUGCUAGGAAAUUCGAGGCCCAAAAGCAGCUUGUUGAGGCCAUGGCUCACCGAACGCAUAUUGACAACAGUAUCAAACUAAUUGGAAAGCUUCUUUUUGGAAUCAAGAAAGGUCCUGUUGUUAUGGAAGAAGUUCGACCCGCUGGAGAGCCUCUUGUUGACGACUGGAAUUGCCUUAAAUCACUGGUAAGAACAUUCGAGACACAUUGUGGGUCCCUAUCCCAAUAUGGCAUGAAACACAUGCGCUCGAUUGCAAAUAUUUGCAAUGCGGGCGUCAAUGGAGAACAGAUGGCCGAGGUAUCUGCACAGGCAUGCACCAGUUUCCCAUCUUUCUCUUGGAGCUCUCUCCAUAAGGGUUUUAGCGCUUGA